UGAAAAUAAUAUACAAGUUCAAUGACAUUCUCAGCAUAUACUCUAAGGAAGUUUGCCGUAUUUUGUUUGUAAGAAUUUUUCGUCUCAGUGACAUUAUUUAAAGUGCACAGUGCCGAAAUACAACGAGACUUUGAAUAUUCCAUUAUCUAAGGGACACCGGGUAACCUUACGCAAACAGAAAAGGAAUUCAAUAAUCACACGUGAAGAAUGGCAACUGAUGGAAUGGAAACAGAUGAAGUCAUCACAGAAGGUGUUAAAGAAGGAAAGGACAUUGUAGACAAAGAGAUUAGCAGUAUGGAAUUGGAAGCUGACAACAAAAAAUCUACAGCAGUGGAUGAUGACAUGCGGAAAGAAAACGCAAAACAAGAUUCAUCACCAGAGAUUGCAGAGAGAGUGGAAAAGCCUGGAUUUGCAAGGAUCAAGGCAGAGUAUGUUCUUGUCAACCAUAAACCAGAGUUGGUAACUGAGUAUAUAUCGCAGGAAACCAAAGAUCAGCUAGAACAAGGACAAAAACGUAAAGUAGAGGAAAAUGAAAAACAACCCAGUAAAAAAAUGAAGGUUAAGGGGCGCAAUAAACAACGUCCAGUGACCCAUAUAAAACCUAAGGACAAGUUAUGCCCCACUAUAUCUCAGGAAAGAGAGUGUAACUUUGGAGACAAAUGCAAGUUUUCCCACGAUAUAAAAGCUUUCAUGGAGGCCAAACCUAAGGACAUUGGUCCUGACUGUUACUUGUUUGAGUUGUAUGGGAAAUGUCCGUAUGGGAUAGCAUGUCGAUACGGUAGCAAGCACAUAUCUGAGGAUUACAAGAAUAUAAUCAAUGAAGAACUGUAUGAGAAGAAAUCUAAGGUGAAAACUGUUCUGAACACCCUGUCUAAAGAUCUCCAGGUCACUCUUUGGAAGAAGAGAUAUAAUUUUGAAAAGGCCAAUGAAAUUGUCCAGCAGGUGAAAAAGAGGGCUCAGGAAAAACAUGACACCUUCUCUAAACUUUGUGCUGCUAAACAGGAGAGUAAGGAGUCAAGGAUAGACACUCCAGAGGAAGCAUCUAGUAAUACCACAGAGAUCCGGGAUGUAUCGGAGGGUGUGAUCAAACUUAGACCUCAGGAAACCAGAAAGAUAGAUUUCGGCUCAAAGAACUACUUGGCUCCUCUCACUACAGUGGGUAAUCUCCCUUUUCGAAGGAUCUGUAAGGCAUAUGGAGCUGACAUCACCUGUAGUGAGAUGGCAAUGUCCUUGAACCUUCUCCAAGGUCAGGCCUCAGAGUGGGCGUUAUUGAAAAGACAUGAAAGUGAGGAUUUGUUUGGGGUUCAGAUUUGUGGUGGUUGGGCAGACAUACUGACAAAGUGCUCACAACUAAUUAAUGAAAAUGUAGAACUAGAUUUUCUUGAUCUCAACUGUGGCUGUCCAAUAGAUCUAGUGUACAAAAAGGGAGAAGGCUGUGCUUUGAUUGGUCGACUUAACAAGUUUGAGCAGAUUAUUGCGGGAAUGAGGUCAGUACUGGACGUCCCACUGACCGUUAAAAUGAGGACAGGAAUAUUUGACAAUAAGAACAUUGCUCACACAGUCAUACCAAAGCUUAGAGAUUGGGGUGUUUCCAUGGUAACAUUACAUGGCCGGUCUCGAGAACAGAGGUACACUCGGCUAGCAGACUGGGAUUACAUCGACCAAUGUGCAGAGGCUGGCAAACCCAUGCCAGUGUUUGGUAAUGGGGAUAUCCUUUCCUAUGAGGACCUGGAUUGUCAUCUCCAAAACACUAGAGUAUCAGGCUGUAUGGUGGCCAGAGGUGCUUUGAUCAAACCUUGGAUCUUCACCGAGCUGAAAGAAAGAAGGCACUGGGAUAUUUCCUCCUCGGAGAGAUUUGACAUGCUGAAGCGCUUUGUUAAUAAUGGACUGGAACAUUGGGGGAGUGAUACUCAGGGGGUGGAGACUACCAGGCGGUUCCUCCUGGAGUGGGUCUCAUUUUUGUACAGGUACAUACCAGUGGGCCUCCUGGAACAGAUGCCACAGAAGAUCAAUGAAAGACCUCCAUAUUAUAUAGGUCGGAAUGACCUUGAGACUCUGAUGUCUAGUCCAAACUGUGGAGACUGGGUCAAACUCAGUGAGAUGCUGCUGGGCCCAGUUCCUGAGGGUUUCUCCUUCCUCCCAAAACACAAGGCCAAUGCAUACAAGUGAAAAUGGGGAUUUCCUGGUGUCAGUAUACAUGUACUUAAUAAACAGUUUCAAAACUUUUAGAA